ACUACGUCCCGUGUGUGUGUGUGUGUGUGUGUCUCUCUGUGUAUGUGUGUGUGUGUGGCCUAACUGGUUGUGGUUCUGAGACCACUUCAUGUGGGGGGUCAAGGUGGACCUUCUGACUCUGGACCCGGGUGUGUCGGUCGGACUGCGUCCGAAUCGCUCCGAUCGAUUCCUGUCGGGGGUUCGUGUGACAGAAGGGUUAACACCACGCGCCUUGUUUGUGUUCACUCCUAGCCUAGGCUAGCGGGCUAAGCUAGUUAGCUCUGGUGGCUAAGCUAAGUGAACAGCAGGAGAGCCACCCUGUUAUUGAGGGGAAGAUGUUGUUUCACCACCCUGGGUGUCGGGGAGCGAACCGUCCCUGCGGGUCGCGACCCGAAACCCUCGCGAAGCAACGGUUGUUUACGCCAAACACGUGACUUUAAAGCGUACAAUUACACGAUGUAAAUCGGCGACGUUACGAAAUUGGCCAAUAUUAUUAUGUUUAACGUCCGUUGAAUUGUUUUAUUAUUAUACCUUUUAUAUACCUUGGUUGCUUAUAUUUAUUAUUAUUUAUCGUUAUUGGUGUCUUACUGGGGAAGUGUGGUAAGACGGAGGAUUGAGGAAGGACCUGGGUUCGGGUAUUGCUUCGCGACCAAACCCGGAAAAGCGGGUUUGACGCGCUAAGGAGACGUCCGUGUUGUUUUCUCGGUUCUUUGUGUGUUUCCCAAUCCGGAUCAGUUCAGGAGCGGUUCGGGAGAACGCGACUCAAGAGUUUUGGUUCAUGGUUCAGGGAUCGAGGAUCGGAUCAAAGUAAUCAAGUGUUUGAGGUGAAAACGUUUUAAAUGGAGGAGGACAGAAGGGGUUCCUGUGUUCCUGGCAGCCAGACGUCAACAACAACAUCAACAAAAACGAUAGCUUGAGAGCCAAACACACAUGACUACUCCAGCUUAUAUCACCGCCCCUGUUUGAAGACGCUAGUGUGUCCCCCCCCCGUCCCCCCCCAGAGAGAAGUUGCCGUGGUGAGAUGGAGGGGGAGGAGCAGUCUGUGAGGGGGGAGGAGAACACAGCGUCUGACCUCAGCGGCGCCAUCGAGAGGAAGAAAAGGGAAGCAAAAGGCAGCUGUCUGAGGAUCGAGGGCCAGGAGGGUUACGUGUUCAAGUCCUACAGCAUGAGCCUCAACGAAGUACCGGACGCAAAGCCCACCGCGGGUUUCUCGUCGACGCCGGCGAAACCUUCGCCUUCUCCUCAAGAGGAGGGGGAGGAAGAAGUAUCUCCCCAGGUCCAUAAGCAGUCCGAUCCCGAGAAGACGAAGGAGUUGCCUCCGGCCUCGCCGACACUUUCGGACAAAAGUAUAGACACUGACCACGGAGAGCUGGCCAUGGAGGUCGAGCCCAAACCCGAGACGGAUAAUUGCGACCCAGCAGCUAAACGUAUCAAAGUAGAGGAGGAAGAAGUCAACGAGAUGGAGGAGGAGGAGCUGCAGGAAGAUGAGAGGUCUUCACUGGAUAGCUCGACGGGUCCUUACCUCCCCCGGGAUGACGACUACAGCAGCUUGUUCAGCGGCUACACCAGCACGCUGUACGACGUCGCCAUGGACGCCGUCACACAGAGCCUCCUGUCGUCCAUCCGAAGCAACGCCAACCCCCGCAAGAAGUCUCCCGCCUGGAACCACUUCUGCAUCUCGCCGCGCGACAGCACCAAAGCCAUCUGCUUGUACUGCAUGAAGGAGUUCAGCCGCGGGAAGAACGAGAAGGACCUCAGCACCAGCUGCCUGAUGAGGCACGUCCGCAGGGCUCACCCCACGGUGCUGUUACAAGAGGGGGCCGACGCACCCUCCAACCCCACGUCUCUGGUCUCCCACCCUUCCUCCCUGAUACCUCCCUCUCCAAACUCGCCAAAAAACGGAGACCUGUCGAUGCUCGCCCUCAGUCCUGCCUCAAACAAGACGUCGCCGUCCACCUCGUCCGCCGACAACCAAGAUCCUUCGUCCAAAGAAGUGUUUCCCAAAGUUGAACCCAAAAUCGAGCCCGGCAUCGAUGGCGAUCUCUCGCUCGCCAUCGGCACACCCCAAUUCUCACAUUCCACCGAAAGCGGAGCCGAAGACGCGUUGGACGGAGGUCUCGAGCGCUUUCACGGAACCCCGAAGAGCUCGAGUUCCCGCCGGCGAUCCGCUGUGUGGAAACACUUUUACCUCUCCCCCGCCGACAGCUCCAAAGCAGUCUGCAUCCACUGCAUGAACGAGUUCAGCCGCGGAAAGAACGGGAAAGACCUGGGAACGAGCUGCCUCAUCCGACACAUGUGGAGGGCCCACAAGGAAGUGGUCAUCGAGGAGAACGGACAGGGCAACCACAUCCCGCCGCCCUACACCAACCCGCCCUCGCUCCUGCCUCGUUCCCAACUACAGGAAGUGCUGGAAAUAAAAAAGGAAUUCCCAGGUCCCCACUCCCCUCCUGAGUUCAUGUCCGACGACACAGCCCUACAACUGGACGACAGCAUGGAGAUGAAGGUGGAUCCGGACAAGGCCCUGAACCUGUCUGGGCAGGAGAGUUCCCUCAACCUCUCCAUGGCGGUCCACGGGGACGAGGCCUCGGUCCUGGACUCCUCCCCCGGGGGGGAACCACCGCCUGGGGGCACCAGCCUCGGUCACGAUCACUCCGUGUUCCAGCAGAACAAGAAGAUCAUGAAGCGGGUGAAGUCGGAGGUGUGGCACCACUUCAUCGUGUCCCCGGUGGACCAGCUCAAGGCGCUGUGCCGCUACUGCCCCUGCGUCAUCAGUCGGGGCAAGCGGGGCGACUUUGGCACCAGCUGUCUGAUGAGGCACCUCAUGCGGCGCCACCCGGACUUCCUCAAAAACCAAAAAGCCCCCGACGACAAAGACCUCUCGCCCCUGCCGUACACGGCCCUCGUGGAACCGGAACCGGACUCAACCAAAGCACCCGACGAACGAGUCCCGGAGAAGAAGCCCCACACCCUGCCCGUUUUCAGCAAAAAGACUUCAAAACUGUGGAACCAUUUCUCCAUCUCCCCCACCGACCCCACCAAGGUGGUCUGUUUGCACUGUAGCCGCACCAUAAGCCGGGGCAAGAAGACCACCAACCUCGGCACCAGUUGCCUAUUCAGGCACAUGCAGCGGUUUCAUGGACAUGUCCUCGACAGUAACAACACUAUCUCAGGUAACAAGCCGUCUGUGGAAGUCCAAGUGAAACAGGAACUCGCCGAGACCUCGACGUACGAGGAGACCGGCGAGAAGUUUGACGAAAACCACUCUGUUGCCAAAAAGAUCACCAAACUCAUCGCAGAGAUGCUCGCACUGGAUCUGCAGCCAUCGGCGCUGGUGGAAAACUCCGGGCUCACCCGACUACUAGAGUACCUCCAACCCCAGUACUCCCCACCGUCCUCCUCCUACUUCACCAGCACCGCCAUCCCGGACAUGUACGAGCGGGUGAAGGACGCCGUCCUCUCACAUCUCAAAGAAGCCGAGAGUGGCGUGGUCCACUUCACCACCAGCAUCUGGGUCAGCUCCCAGACCAGGGAGUACCUGACACUCACGGCCCACUGGGCCUCGUACGAGUCCAACCUCAGGCCUCAGGGCCAGGACUACCACUGCUCCGCGCUGCUCAGCGUCUCGCAGAUCGACUGCGACCACGACAUGAUCACCAUCCAGAAGCAGCUGGAGUACCUGUGGGAGUCCUGGGUGACCGCGUCGGGGCUCAAGCUCGGCUUCACGGUCACGGACAGCGCCGCCAUUCAGGGCGCCCUUGAGGACAGCGACCGUGCCACGGUGCUGUGCUUCGGCCACACGGUGGACCUCAUUGUCACCGAAGCCAUAAAGAGCCAGCGGAUGGUGCAGAACCUGCUGAGCAUCGCGCGAAAGAUCUCCGAGCGUGUGCAGCGCUCGGCCAAGGCCAAGGAGAAGCUGGCCGAGCUACAGGCGCUGCACCAGCUGCCGGAGAAUCAGCUGGUGCAGGACGUCCCGUCCAAGUGGCGGACGUCCUUCUCGAUGCUGGAGCGUCUGGUGGAGCAGAAGAAGGCCAUCGACGAGCUGUCCAUCGAGUGCAACUUCAGGGAAAUGAUCAGCUGCGACCAGUGGGAGGUGAUGCUGUCUGUCUGCAAUGCACUGAAGCCCUUCGAGGUGGCCUGCCAGGAGAUGAGCUCCCGCACGGCCACCCUGGGCCAGAUCAUACCACUCGUCCACAUCCUCAACCGGAAGGUGGACCUGCUGUUCGACGAGACGGUGGGCAUCGACAACAUGCUUAAGUCCCUCAAGGAGGCCAUGGUCGGCCGGAUGUCGGCGAACCUCCGCGACCCGCGGUACACCUGGGCCACCAUGCUGGACCCGCGCUACAAGACCUCACUGUUCACCGAGGACGAGGCCGAGCAGUGCAAGCAAGACCUCGUCCGAGAACUGAACCUGUCCUCUUCUACCUCAGCCCUCGAGGAUACACCCCUGCUGCCCAACGGCCGUGGCGGAGACCCCUCGGCGGCGACUGCCGUCGGCUCCAGCGGAGACAACCUGUGGUCCCUCAUGGACGACAUCAGACACAAGAUCAAGCAGGAGGAGAAGCCCCGGUCCUCGGAGCUGGCCGUGCUGGAGUACCUGGAGGAAGACAUACUCGAUCAAAGCUGUGACCCCCUGGACUACUGGAACUUGAAGAAGUUCCAGUGGCCGGACCUUGCCAAAGUAGCCGCCAGAUACGUCGGCUGUCCGCCGAGCGUGGUGCCGGCCGAGAGCCUGUUCAGCACGGCCAGCGGCAGCUCGGUGCCCGGCCAGCCGCGACCGUCAUUGGAGAACAUCGAGGGUCUGCUGUUCCUCAAGGUUAACCUGCCCUUGAUCUACUUUCAAUACUGAUCGCGAGAGAGCAGUCACUUGUUAAACCCUUUAUCAGGGACCAAGAUGCAUAGCUGUGAA